UGAAAAUAAGGGAAAUUUCUGGCUUUCAAAUAUCGAACCUUGAUGCCAGACAUCAACACACAUCUCAUCUGGAUCCUAAUUAUCGUUUCCCACGGCCUUGACUCUGUACCGAAUACCGACCUGCGAAAGGCAGGGGUGAUCUAACGCCCGGGCGGCCCCACCCACGGCCGUCCGUCGCUAACCUGAUCUGGCAGGGAGCUUGGUGAAAAGUCUCGUUUGCAUCAUUGACAUUGUUGCUGGCUCUGAUUUGACCUCGACUACAAAGAGCUUCAGGCUCCUCCCGCCCCCAGACCAGUACCCUCUCAACAUCGGACCAAACGGCAGCUGUUGCAUCCGGCUGCCCUCACCACCAACUCCUCGUCCUUGACCCUCAACCAAUUCCUCGGCUGCUUGUGCCCCGCUGCUGCUGGCUGCCGCGUCGCGUCGUUGUACUGCAAAAACACAACAACCUGCGUGGUCAAUCGAGUCGCUGUCGCAAUGCCCCCGAAAUCCAAGGCCUCGAGCCAGGAACAUGGCUAUGAGUUCUUUGGACCUCCCGGAGCCGCCGUUGUCUCCUUCGGUCUCCCCAUCCUGCUCUACCUCUUCACCUUCGCCUGCAACGACGUGUCCGGCUGCCCUGCGCCCCCUCUGUUGACCAACUGGAAGAAGAUCGACCUCCAAGAGCUGAAACGCGAUGUCGGCUGGCCCGCCAAUGGCGUCUGGGGCCUGGCCAGCUGGGAGGUUACCGGCUGGACACUGGCAUACUACCUCUUCAACGCCGUGCUGUACCGUGUCUUGCCAGCCGCCGAGGCCGAGGGCGUCGAGCUGAGCAGCGGCGGGAAGCUCAAGUACCGCAUGAACAGCUUCAGCUCCAUCAUCUUCACCCUCGUCGCCUGCCUCGCCGGCACCCUCAAGCAGGGCGCCUACUUCCCAGUCUGGACUUUCAUGACCGACAACUACGUCCAGCUCCUCACCGCCAACAUCCUCAUCUCCUACGCCCUCGCCACUUUCGUCUACGUCCGCUCCUUCUCCGUCAAGGCCGGCAACAAGGACCUCCGUGAGCUUGCUGCCGGUGGUCACUCCGGGAACAUCAUGUACGACUGGUUCAUUGGCCGCGAGCUGAACCCCCGCGUCACUCUGCCCUUGAUCGGCGAGAUCGACAUCAAGGAGUUCAUGGAGCUGCGCCCCGGCAUGCUCGGUUAUAUCCUCUUCAACUGCGCCUUCGUCGCCAAGCAAUACCGUACCUAUGGCUUCGUCACUGAUAGCAUUGUCUUCAUCACUGUCGUGCAGGCGCUGUACGUUCUUGAUGGCGUCUUCAUGGAGCCUGCCAUCCUCACCACCAUGGAUAUCACCACCGACGGCUUCGGCUGCAUGCUUGCCUUUGGCGAUCUCGUCUGGGUGCCCUUCUUCUACAGCCUGCAGACCAAGUACCUCUCAGUCUACCCCGUGACCCUGGGGCCCGUGUGGCUCUCUGCCGUCUUCGCCAUGCUGAUCGCAGGCUUCUCCAUUUUCCGCCUCGCAAACUCCCAGAAGAACACCUUCCGCACGAACCCCAACGACCCCAGCGUCGCCCACCUCAGCUAUAUCGAGACCAAGACCGGAUCCCGGCUCAUCACGUCCGGCUGGUGGGGCGUUGCCCGUCACAUCAACUACUUUGGCGACUGGCUGCAGGCCUGGCCUUACUGCCUGCCCACGGGUAUGGCCGGCUACCUGAUCCUGUCGGCUGGCACCAAUGCCGAGGGCUCCUUCAAGAUGAUCGACGGCAGGGAGGUCAUCCAGGGCGCCGCCAGGGGCUGGGGCACCAUCUUCACCUACUUCUACGUCAUCUACUUUGCCGUCCUGCUCGUCCACCGUGAUCUGCGCGACGACGAGAAGUGCCACCGCAAGUAUGGUGAGGACUGGGAGAAGUACAAGAGGACUGUCCGCUGGAGGAUCAUCCCUUACAUUUACUAGUCACGGGGUUUGGGUCGCUGUAUACCUGCCACUGUUCCUGCUGGUGGUUUUGAGGGUAAUCGCCUCCAGGAACGCACGAGAUACGCAUGGCGUUUUGGAUACAACCCCAUCUACAGCCCAAUGAUCAGGCGUCCCCCGCCGAGGUAUCAUCUGUGCAUAGUGACUUUCGCUCCCUCACUGAGAGCAGGUCCAGCUUUGGUCGGCGCGGCGUUAUUUUGCUGCUGUAACGCAGUUUGGUGGGUGGGCUAUUGGUGCUAAUUACACUGUCGCAUAUUGCGAGGCUUUUUCUUUGUCCGGCCAGGUCUGAAGGUAGAGAGAGAGGUACUGUGAUAUUCAUUCCCGCGUGCGCGCCAUAUCGUACUUGUACAUAGCUACAGUCUUGCCUGUUCCGGAGGUGUGGCCCGCCUGCUUGUUGCAGAAAUCUACUACUACUACUACUACUACUACUACAACAAUACCAAUACCUCUCUUACUCA